GUAGUAUCUAUCAAGAGACCAUAGCAACAAAGAUGGCGCAGAACAAAGCAAACACAGUGUCACAACUUCAAGCUUUGAAGGACAAAAGUGGCAAAUCCUAUACUCAGUUAGCAGAAGAAACAGGACUCACAAAUGUCUAUGUUGCUCAGCUUCUCAGAAGACAAGCUCAGCUCAAACCAGAAACUGCCCCUAAACUCCGGGCAGCACUGCCCGACCUGACCGAUGAACUUCUCCAUGAAAUGGCCAAACCUCCUUUGAGGUCUUAUGACCCUAAUCUCAUCCAAGACCCCACUGUUUACAGGUUGAAUGAAGCUGUUAUGCAUUUUGGUGAGAGCAUCAAAGAAAUAAUCAACGAGGAUUUUGGUGAUGGAAUCAUGUCAGCAAUAGACUUCUACUGCUCAGUUGACAAAGUUAAAGGAGUUGAUGGGAAGGAUCGUGUGGUACUUACACUCGAUGGAAAAUAUUUACCACAUUCAGAACAGAAAACAGAACAUAUGGUUUCAAGAACAAGGCCACUGGAGAAACAGUGAGAGUAUCUUCAGGCCUAAACCAACACCAAAAUCUUCAUCGCGUGUAUAUUUGCUGUCUUUUGUAAUGCUGCAAGCUUGUAUUUGAUCACUGCUACUUUGGCAUUGCCUAUAGAAAUAAAAAUAAAACAGUAAGGUUUUAAGAAAUUAGAAGUAGCCAACCAUGGCCAUUUAUAAACACGAUUGUUUAUGGUUUUUGGGAUUUCUUGGCACUUCUACCUUUGUGAUUUUAUUACAAGACAUGAUAUCUAUCAUGGCGAAGCUUGUAUUGUGCUUGGUUUAAGUAUGCCAAACCAACAUAUAAUAGUCAUUGUGUGAUUGUAUCCAUAUUUAUUUUGUCCCAUGUAGUAAAUUGUGCAAUCCUUCAUAUAGUA